AAAAGAAUCAAUUAAAAAUAAUUAAAAGAAUCUCAACAAUCUACAGUAUUUUGAUUUGUACUGCUUAAGGAUCAAAGGCGAUCUCUAAUUUGGGUUGAAAAGUUUAAGCAAUGGCUGUAUCUCCUUCUUCAUCCAAGAAGAAGAAGAAGCAGCAGAGCAGCAACAGCAAACCCAGAACCAAGACAGCUCGGACCACUGACUCAGGGUCCUCAACGCACCCACAACACAGUCCAAAGCGUCGCCGCAACAAAUCUCCUGGAGUUCGACUCGUCCAUGGCCGAAUCUACGAUUCUGAGAAUGGCAAGACUUGUCACCAGUGUAGACAAAAAACAAUGGAUUUUGCAGCAUCAUGCAAGAGGAAGAUUGAAGCCAAGCAAUGUACCAUCCAUUUUUGUCACAAAUGCCUCUUGAACAGAUAUGGAGAGAGGGCUGAGGAGGUGGCAUUGUUAAAUGAUUGGACUUGUCCAAGAUGUAGAGGAAUUUGCAACUGUAGUUUCUGCAUGAAGAAGCGAGGUCACCAGCCUACUGGCAAUCUUGUACAUGCGGCAAAGGCAAAUGGGUUUGCCUCGGUGUCAGAUAUGUUGCAUCUUAAGAACUCUGAAAGUUCAGGUUCUCAAGAGACUACUGAUGCUGCUGUCUCUUCCAAAAAGCGAAAAGCUGGAGAUAAGGAAUCUGGAGUAAAAAAACCUUCCAAGAGCCAAAAGGGAAGCAGUUUUAAAGGGCCAAAUGGUUCGACACAAGCCAAUGAUGAAAGGACUGCAACCAGAAAUACCAAGUUGACAAGGUCAAGGAACAAGAAUAGUAGUAAGGAAAUUUCAUCCGAAGGCAAUUAUGGUGAUUUCUCAACCCAAAAGAUUAAUCCUAAAAAAUAUCAAAUCUCCCAAGAUUCGUACAAAGGAGAAGUGAUUUGCAAAGGGAAUGAUGCUAUCCAGCUAAUUGACAUGAUGCUUCAUAAAAAGUGUGACCAUGGAGAAGAUGAAGUGCUAAACAAUGCAGAUCCUGUAGCAAAGAACAAGCAAACUAGUAAGUCUCCAAAUCGUAAGAAGAAAAAUGUAAAAGUCAAAAGCAAAACUUCUGAUGCUGAAAUCCUACUGCCUCAAGGCAUAUCAUUAAACUCUAUAGCUGCUAUUGACUUACCUGUUGAGGAUAUUGGCCAUGCCUUGCAAUUUCUAGAAUUUUGCGAAGCUUUUGGAAAGGUACUCAAUAUGAGGAAAGGACAGUCUCAACUGUUGCUUAGAGAGUUAGUUACUGGAAAAAGUAAACGUAGACAUUCCCAUUCUUCAAUUGUGCAGUUUCAUAUCCAACUGCUUUCCGUGAUGCUAAAGGAUUCAGUAAAAGAGUAUCCUUUGCUAAAUCAGAAUUUAAGUGAAAAUUCAUGGUUGCAAGUUCUUAGAGAAUACGUCAGUGAUUCUCGAUAUUCCUUAAAGCAGCAACUGUUGGAUUGUUUAGAUUUGUGUGGUGAUGGAUAUGAGCGAUUAGAUUCCUCUAAAAAACUUAGACUCUUAAACUUUCUCUGUGAUGAAGCUCUUGGCACCACAGAUUUUAGGAGCUGGAUUGACGAAGAAUACUCAAAAUUUGUUGAAAAGGAAAAGAAAGCUAAAGAAGAACUUCUUGCUCGAAGAGAGAAGGAGAGAAAUCUGGAAAAAGAGAUGAAGCGGAAGCUGCAGGAUGAGAUAGCCAAAGCUAUUCUCAUGAAAAAUGGUGCUCCUCUGACAAUUUCGGAGAAUGAGGACCUUGUUUCAAAAAUAAAGUUAGAAGUGGCUCAAACUCUUGAAGUAGCCCAUACUCUUGCAAGUGCAUUGGAAAUGUCGGAAAUGGUGCUUGAGGAUGACUGGCGAUCAGAUGCUGUUAGAUCUGAGCCAAUAUUUUGGGAUGGCCGUGGUCAUAAAUUUCAAAAGUUCUGGAGAUUGAGAGGCUACUCUGGUGAAACAGAUAUUCUGCUUCAAGAUAUUGAGGGGAGAGAUUUAGUUACAGCUAAAGAAAAAUGGUACACCUACAGCACUGAACAGAAAGCUAUAGUUGAUAAAUAUAUUUCAUCUUUCAGGAUGCAAAGGAAAUGAGCAAGCAAUAUGCCUCGUAUAAUUUCAAGACAUAUUAUAGUUAGUGCAUAGUAUCAAUCUAUAACUCCAAACUCUUUAGGAGGGCAAAUCUUUUUGUACACCAAUGUUGAGGAGGUAAUUAUGCCUUCUUUCUUUUUCUUUUUUAUUUUGUGGGCAAGCUUUAGGCUCUUGUCCACUUACAUGGUGUCCUCUGAUGACCAUGUCUGUAUGAAACUUAUUUCUUCAGUGUAUGCCACUCAAAAUACUUAAAAUAGAUUGUUAUGGUCUCCCAAUUA